GCUUUUCCAGGGCUUUCUGGUGGCCCCAGGUCACCCUGAAGCUUCCAGCUCUGCACUUUUUAAGAAAAUGAAUCCCAAAUCCUGUGCCACCGAGAUGCAAGUCUACAGCUGCUAAUCAUUUCCCUUCGGGAUUAGCCGAGCCUGCUCCACUUCUGCCUAGGGGCCUGGCACGUAUUACAAAGCCGGGCAGCUUUCCGUGGUCACAGGGAGCUCUGCGCUAGGAGCUGAUUUUCAUGCUGGCACGUUCCAAGAGCUGGUGUGGCCCCGUCAGAUCUUAUGACUGGUCUCUCCUUUGAGUGCGUUUGGCGCACAUGGGAUUGAACCACACGAUGCACAGGUUGGAAGGGACCCGUGGAAGUCAGCUGGUCCCACCACCUGCACAGAGCAGAUCCAGGGAGAGCAUCUUAUCCCGCAUCAGGUCUUUUCAAUAUUCACAGAAGAAUGCAGUCCUGGUCCCUGCAGCCGCGCUGGGGGUCGGAGGAAUGGUGGUUUGCUGGCUAAUGUCUAGACGCAAGAUCAAGAGACUUGAAAUGGGUGAUGGAUGGUGGGGCUCAGGUGAAAGACCCCUAAGAGAGAACGAAGAUGAAAGAAUCCGCCCCUUCAAGAUUGAAACCUCUGACAAAGAAAUUGAGGACCUGCACCACCGCCUCGACCAGGCUCGCUACGCACCUCCGCUGGAAGGGGCAGCUUUCCACUACGGCUUCAACUCCGACUACCUGCAGAAGGUGGUGGCCUACUGGAGGAACCAGUUCGACUGGAACAAGCAAGUGGAAAUCCUGAACAAAUACCCUCAUUUCCAAACCACCAUCGAAGGGAUUGAUAUCCAUUUUAUCCAUGUGAAGCCCCCCUACGUCCCUCAUGGACGAGCUGUUCAACCUAUCCUGAUGGUCCACGGCUGGCCCGGCUCCUUCUAUGAGUUCUACAAGAUCAUCCCUCUGCUCACAGAGCCAGCCAAGUACGGCCUGGGUGAUGGUGAUGUGGUGUUUGAGGUCAUCUGCCCAUCCAUCCCAGGCUAUGGCUUCUCAGAGGCUCCGCACCAGAAAGGCUUUGACUCCCGUGCAACUGCUCGGAUAUUUCACAAGCUGAUGAAGAGACUGGGCUUCAAGGAAUACUACGUUCAGGGAGGAGACUGGGGAUCUCGGAUUACUACAAACAUGGCCCAGAUGCUGCCAGAAUCUGUGAAGGGGAUUCAUGUGAAUCUUGUCUUCGUCACCAUACAAGGUUUUAAAAAGUUGAUUCAAGUGAUGCUUGGGGCUUACGUACCAUGGCUUGUAGGCUUCACUAGGGAAGACGUUCGACGGAUGUAUCCCUUCAUGCAGAAGAAUGUAUAUGAUCUUCUGCGAGAAUCUGGAUACUUACAUAUCCAAGCCACCAAACCAGACACUGCAGGUUGUGGACUGAAUGACUCCCCAGUGGGGCUUGCUGCAUAUAUUUUGGAGAAAUUCUCUACCUGGACAGAUAAAUCAUUUCUGCAUAAAGAUGAUGGAGGCUUGGAAAGCAAGUACUCACUAGAUGAGCUUUUGACCAAUGUGAUGAUUUACUGGGUGACAUCAUCUAUUGUGCCCUCAAUGCGAUACUACAAGGAGAACUUCUCCCAGGAUCCUCGUCUAACUGAUGAUUCCAGGGUUGGAGUAUACGUUCCCUCAGGGAUCGCAGCUUUUCCUGAGGAGAUAGCACAUACACCACAUUCCUGGGCAAAGACGAUCUUCAAGAACAUUGUCAGUUACUCUUACAUGCCCCGCGGAGGCCAUUUUGCUGCUUUUGAGGAACCAAAGCUUCUGGCACAAGACAUCAUACACUUUGUGAGAAGGGUGGAGCAGCUGUGAACCUGUAGUUUAGAUACGUAGAAAAGAAGCAAGCUGUUCUGCUACCCACAGAAGCCUUACUUUGAGGGAUUAAAUAAACUCAAUGUAAUCACAAUACAGAAGCCAACGUUUUAUUUUGAUAAUGAUUAUAACUACUAAACUUGAUUAACAAGUUCUAAAGCUCUUCCUAUGUAAAAAAGCAUCUUGUCAUCUUUUAUUCCCAGCACCAUAUCAUUGCUGCAUUCAUAGUUCAAGUAUAACAGAGUAUGUAAACAGUUUAAUGCAGUAACAUUGCACUCAUUUGGGGGAUAAAGCAGUAAGGAGCAUGCCCCUUGUUCCUCAGAACUAAGGCGUCUUUUCAAAAGCUUCUUUAAAUUCUUGAGUGCUAGCAUUCUUAAAUAUGCAUUACAAGUAGCUUUGGUGGAAGUGCGGAAGGGCUUUGAUCUCCUGAGCACACCAAACACUCCUACUGAAUAGUUCAAGUUAUAUUUCAUUCAAGAGACAUGUGAUUACAUUCCCAAGUGGGCAGCCGUACAUAAGGCAACUUUAUUUUAGCAGUUUUUUCCCCUGGAGCUAACUUUAGCAGUUACUACACAUUAUAUGACAGUUGUCAGUGGAUAGUAAGGCAAAGACUGCACUCCUAGUGUUCUCCAAGCUCCGAAAUAUGAACUUCACUAAUUUCCUUCCAGUUCUACAAUCUUAUUUCAUGCCAAAAUGUCAGACAAGCUUAAAAUAUGUACCAGGUAUGGAAGGUUACUUCACCCUCUGAUCUCCUUUCAAAGGACUUUUACCACCCCAUCAAGCAGCUUUUGCUAGCAGAUAACUGCAAACAACCUCACUACCAGUAGACUAGAGAUUCUCUUCAAAGGGGCUGGAGCUAUUAAGCUCAUUACGUUACAGAUACAUGCACAGAUGAUUCAAGACAACUCCAGCAGAUAUCUAGUUCUGGCACACUGUGAUUCACAGGUUUCUUUCCUUCCCUCCAUGUCCCAUUCUGUACUAGACAUUAGUCCAGAAGAAAGGACUCAAGUUCUGCUUCCUGGUAAGACAUUUCGACUUAGUGCAGGAGGUGACAGUUAAAGAUAGUGCUGAACUUGAUGACAUGCCCCUUACCUACUCUUCAUUUCAGAAGCUUUUAGAGUCUAAGACUCUGAAAUAUCUGAAAGGCAAAAGCAAGCAAGUAGAAUUUUGCCUUUUUUUUGUUAAGUGAGAAUAAACUAUCUUAUUGGGGCAGGAGUCCUAACUUUCUCUGAAGAAGGCUAGAGAAGAAAUUGCUUACUCCUAAUGUUAACUGUAUAUCAAACUGAUUGUCAGGUCUGAUGGACUAAAGGUUAAUAGAAAAUAAGAAGAAAAUGUGCUCCCCUGCCUCCAUAGGACUGCUUAACCUCUUUUCAUUGCCUGUAAAAGACACUGUGCUAGGUAUGAAAUCUCCCAAAUGCU